UCAGCAAUGAGGUUAAGUAGGGCUAGGUGAGCUCCCUCAUGCUGUGUAACAGAUAGAGAACUCGGUAGUUUAUGGGGUGUUUUAUUUAUUGUUUAGUUUUCAUAUAAUUUAUAUUUCCGAAUUGCGGGGAAUCAGCUACUGACAGAAUGAACAUCCGCAACGCCAGACCGGAGGACCUGAUGAACAUGCAGCACUGCAACCUGCUGUGUCUCCCGGAGAACUACCAGAUGAAGUACUACUUCUACCACGGCCUGUCCUGGCCACAGCUGUCCUACAUCGCGGAGGACGAGAACGGCAAGAUUGUGGGUUACGUCCUGGCGAAGAUGGAGGAGGACCCAGAUGAUGUUCCCCAUGGGCACAUCACGUCCCUGGCCGUGAAGCGCUCUCACAGGAGGCUGGGUCUCGCUCAGAAGCUGAUGGACCAGGCGUCCCGUGCCAUGAUCGAGAACUUCAACGCCAAAUACGUCUCCCUGCACGUCAGGAAGAGCAACCGGGCAGCUCUGCACCUGUACUCCAACACACUCAACUUCCAAAUCAGUGAAGUGGAGCCAAAGUAUUAUGCUGAUGGAGAGGAUGCCUAUGCCAUGAAGAGAGACCUUGCACAGAUGGCAGACGAGCUGCGCAAGCCAGUGGCGGGGGACAGAGGACGGCCCUGGGUCCUGCCAGACCCCCCCCAGGGCGGCACGGCCCCAGUGAACCCUGGGAAGCUGGAGGACCCUCAGGACAGCGGUGGGGACAGUAAGGAGCUGAGCGAAGUGAGCGAGGCAACGGAGAGCACCGACAUCAAGGACAGCUCUUCCUCCGACUCCUAACGGCCUGGCGCGGCCCGCGCCCCCAACAGGACGGGUGUGGCCAGCGAGGCGUGUCCCACGCCUGUCUGCAGCCUGUUCCUUCCAGCUGAGCUCUCCGUUUUCCCCAGCGUGUUCAGCCCCACAUUCUCGCGUUAGUCCUAAAACACAGGUGCCUCGUAAACCCUGACCAUUUGCCAUCUAGGGAAAAGUAAAGCCUGAUUGAUCGUGUCGUCCAUGGAGAACGGCCUAGACGGAGAGCUCAGCUGAGAGCGGAAAGCAGGUGCCGCAGGGCUCAUCCAGCUCCGCCGAGGAAACCCCCAGCAAGGGGCCGGGAGCUUCUGAGCCCUCGGCCGUUUCUCGUUUUCACUUCCAGCAGCCGCCCGACGGACUUGGGGUCUGGCCCACAUUGCAAGCCGCCUCUGGGCUGACGACUGAGCGGACUGGAGAGUGGCUUCCGUUCUCCAUCACGGCUGUUUGCAUCUCCGUGGAUCAAAAAUCAGUUCGUAAACGUGACCGCAUAAAAUUAAAAUUUGUAUCAAUUUGAACCAGGGGUCUCAUACUCAGUUGCUGAAGGGCAACAGGAAUUUGUUCGCCACAGUACUUGGUUACAAAAUUGUUUUAAUUAACUUGACCAGAAUUACAUAAUGGUCAUUUUGUUUUUUAAAAGGGGGGUCCAAUAGACCACUGUACCUGUAAUGAAAUACAUUUUGCAUAAUCAAGUGUAAGAGAACUUCCACAAGUUCCUGUGUAGCCGAGACUGAUGAGGUGAAUUGUUCCUGUGGAUACAGAAAGCAAGAAGGCACCACCAGCCCCUCCAGCAGUGGUGUGUGACAUCCCAGUUUAUACACAUGGCCGGUUCUCCCUCUCCUCCCCAGGGAUUAGGCCAAAGAGUCGAAUCCAGGAAACACAAAAGUCAAAGAUGGGGCUGGUAUUUGAGGACUCUAGAGGUGAAUUUAAUAUAACAUUGUUUCCCAUUUUUGUGACAUUAAAGCACCAAGGAAAAUGCACUGUACUGACCCAAUAAAAAGGACGCUGCAACACCCUGA